AUGCCGAGCGCCGAGCAGCUCGCGGUGCUGGCGGCUGAGAACGCAGACGAGGAGUGCGGCGCCGACCCGCGCGUGCAGCUCCUGGGCGCUUACGUGGCUCAGAGCCUGCGGCCGGCUGUGGGCGCCUGGGAGCGCUGCGCGGGGUCGGCGGAGGCGGAGCGGCUGCUGCAGGCCUUCCUGGGCGGCAGUGCUGCGGCGGAGCCACAGCCGCUGCUGGUGGUGCAGCCGGGGCCUGGGGGCCUGGCUGUGCGACCCGGGCUGGACGCGACACCCGAGUGCCGGCCGGCCCGCGCUAAGGGGCUCUUUUUCCUGCGCACCGGGCCGGAGCCGCUGGGGCCUCAUAGCCUCCGCGGUGCAGUGCUCUGUGGAGACGUGCCCGCGGCGCCUCUGGAGCAUCUGGCCACAAUGUUCUCCGAGGUGAUUCUACCCGUCUUGACCAAUGAGAAGAAUCAUCUGGGUUGGCCCCACGUGGUGUGUCAAGAUGUCAGGCAGCACGCCCACAACCUCCAGUGUAACCUUUGGGUUAUCCUUGAGCAAGUGAAGGGGAAAACUUUGCUGCCUCUUCCAGUAGGCUCCGAAAAGAUGGAGUUUGUGGACUCUGAGACUGUCUUGGAUUCCAUAGAUAAGUCAGUCAUCUACUCCAUUGAGUCCGCGGUGAUCAGAUGGAGCCACCAAGUCCAGGUGGUGCUCAAGAGAGAGUCUUCCCUGCCACUCUUGCAAGGAGAGAAUCCCAUGCCGAAGGUGGAGUUGGAGUUCUGGAAGAACAGGUAUGAAGAUCUGGAAUACAUUUAUAGUCAACUGAAGACCAUCAAAGUGAGGGGCAUGGCUGGACUCCUGGACAGACUUCGGAGCAGCUACUUCCCUGCAUUCAAAGCGAUGUUCAGAGACAUCAUCACAGCCCUGACCGAGGCACAGGACAUCCACGCUCACCUCAUGCCACUCCGCCGCCACCUGGAAACCAUCGAGAGUGUCGAGUUCCAGGAGGUGAAGCCUCAGUUGCGGCCUUUGCUCCACAUGGUCUGUCUGAUCUGGGCCACAUGCCAGCACUACCGCUCCCCUGGGAGGCUUACAGUGCUUCUCCAGGAGAUCUGCAACCUUCUCAUCCAGCAGGCCUCUACAUACCUCAGCCCAGAAGACCUCCUGAGAAGUGAGGUGGAAGAAAGUCAGAGGAAGCUGCAAGUAGUCGUGGACACUUUGAGCUUCUUCAAGCAGAUUUUUAAGAACCGCAGGGAGAAUCUGCACACUUACUUUAAGCAGGACCAGGAAGUGAAGGAGUGGGAUUUCCCAUCCUCUUUGGUCUUUGUGCGACUGGACUGCUUCCUGGGACGACUUCACAUGGUGGAGGAUCUUCUGAAGACUACCUUGGACUUCCAGAAACUAGGGAAGCUCGAGUUUAGCGGCAUCAGAGGGAAUGCUCUGAGCUGGCAGGCCCAAAGAAUGUAUGAUGAAUUUCAAGAUAUGUGCAAGGUCUUCUCCGAGUCCUCAUAUGACUGCCUCGACCUCCAGAGCAUGGAAUUUGAAGAUGACAUCUCUGAAUUUAACCAGAGAGUGGAAGAUCUUGACCGCAGGCUGGGCACUGUCUUUAUUCAAGCCUUUGAUGAUGCAUCUGGUUUGGAUCAUGCCUUUAAGCUGCUCAGCAUAGCAGGAAAUCUCCUUGAAAGGCCACUGGUCGCCCAAGAUGUGUCUGAUAAAUAUGCGGUUCUCAUCAGAAUGUUCAGCCAAGACCUGGAUGCAGUGAGGUUAAUCUACAAUCAGCAUGUCCAGGAGGAAGCAGAACUCGGGUUCUCCCAGGUGCACAAGAACAUGCCUGCCGUGGCUGGAGGUCUCCGCUGGGUCCAGGAGCUGAGACAGCGCAUCCAGGGCCCCAUCAGCAACUUCCAGUCUCUCUCACAUCCCUGCAUGGAGUCUGUGGAAGGCAAGCGGAUGGUACAGAAAUAUGAAGACAUGCUUUCCUCGCUGGAGAAAUAUGAGACAAGACUUUAUGAAAACUGGUGUCAGACAGUAUCAGAGAAGUCCCAGUACAAUCUUUCCCGGCCUCUUCUGAAACGUGACCCAGAGACGAAGCAGAUCACUGUCAACUUUAACCCCCAGCUGACUUCAGUGCUCAAGGAAAUGAGUUAUCUUGAGCCCCGGCAGAUGAAGCACAUCCCCGAGACAGCAGCAGCCAUGUUCUCCUCCAGGGAAUUCUAUCGACAACUUGUAGCAAAUCUGGAGCUGAUGGCAAAUUGGUACAACAAGGUUGUGAGAACCCUGCUCGAGGUGGAGUUUCCAUUAGUGGAGGGUGAGCUGCAUGGUAUCGAUUGCCGCCUGAGGGCAGCCGAGGAGACGCUGAACUGGAAAACAGAAGGCAUUUGGGACUAUGUCGUUCAAGUGACCAAUAGUAUUCAUGAUCUUGAACAGAGAAUUCAGAAAACAAAAGACAAUGUGGAAAAGAUUCAAAACAUCAUGAAAACGUGGGUGUCUCCAAUAUUUAAGAGAAAAGAUGGCAAAAAAGAAUGCCUUCUGUCCCUGGAUGAUCAGCAUGAGCAUAUGGAAAGAUAUUAUAAUCUCAUCAAAGAAUCAGGCCAUAAGAUUCAUGCCCUUGUCCAGGAAAACCUGACUCUAUUUUCAGCAGACCCAACCUCCCAGAUCUGGAAGACUUAUGUCAACUACAUUGAUGAUAUGUUGCUGGAUGGAUUCUUUCUUGCCAUUGAGUGUUCCCUCAAGUACCUCAUGGAAAAUACUGAAAAUAAGCCUGGAGUCACCCCAAUAUUUGAAACACAGCUGAGCUUAGCUAUCCCAGAAUUGGUUUUCUACCCAUCUCUGGAUCCUACAGUGAAGGGCGGCUUUUAUGACAUCUUUGAAGGUCUUCUCACAAGCAUUUUCGGGAUAUCAUCUCUGGUACCACGGCUCUCCCCACAGAACCACCCACCUCACUAUCAGGUUGACAUGGAGGCCAAGGCUGAGCUGGCGAGCCUGCGGGACUUGCUCAUGGAGCGAGUCUGGGCUAUGACGGCCCUCUGCUCCAGCUACCGUGGCACCUUCAGCCAGUACUCCUACCUGUAUGGGGAGGACCGCAAGGAGGUGCUGGGGCAGUUCCUGUCGUAUGGACACGUCCUCACUGCGGACGAGAUUGAGGCCCAUGCAGAAGACGGCAUCCCCGAGAACCCACCCCUCCUCCAUCACUUCAAGGUCCAGAUCGACCUGUAUGAAAGCCUCUGUGAAGAGGUGUGCAAGCUGGAACCCACGAGGGUGUUCGACAGCUGGAUGAAGAUUGAUGUGCGGCCCUUUAAAGCUUCACUGCUGAACGUGAUCAAGAGGUGGAGCCUCAUGUUUAAGCAGCACCUGGUAGAUUACGUCACUAACAGCUUGGCCGACCUUGAAGUAUUUAUAAAAACUAGUGAGAGUGGUUUGCUCAUGAAAGUCGAAAAAGGAGAUUUCAAAGGACUGGUUGAGAUUACAGGGCACCUGAUGGCUCUGAAGGAACGACAGAGCACCACAGAUGAGAUGUUUGAGCCCUUGAAGCAAACUAUUGAGUUGCUGAAAACCUAUGAACAAGAAUUGCCAGACACUGUAUAUAAGCAAUUGGAGGAGUUGCCAGAGAAAUGGAACAACAUAAAAAAGAUGGCCGUCACGGUGAGGCAGCAGGUGGCACCCUUGCAGGCGAGCGAAGUGACGGUCCUCAGACAGAGGUGCACAGCCUUCGAGGUUGAGCAGCAGCGAUUCUGGGAGCAGUUCCGCAAGGAGGCUCCCUUCAGGUUUGAUAGCGUUGACCCCCAUCAAAUGCUGGACACCAAGCAUGUUGAGAUCCAGCAGAUGGAAUCCACUAUGGCCUCACUCUCUGAGUCAGCUGGCUUGUUCGAAGUCAAUGUUCCCGACUACAAGCAGCUGAGGCAGUGCAGGAAGGAGGCCUGUCAGCUCAAGGAGCUCUGGGACACAAUCGGGAUGGUGACCUCCAGCAUCCAUGCCUGGGAAACCACCAAGUGGAGGGACAUCAAUGUGGAGGCCAUGGAGCUUGAGUGCAAACGGUUUGCCCGGCACAUCCGGAACCUCGACAAGGAGGUCAGGGCCUGGGACGCAUUCACAGGCCUGGAAAGCACCGUGUUGAACACCCUGACAUCCCUGAGAGCAGUGGCUGAGCUGCAGAAUCCGGCCAUCCGGGAGCGGCACUGGAGGCAGCUGAUGCAGGCCACAGGCGUGAGCUUCACCAUGGAUGAGGACACCACCCUGGCUCACCUCCUGCAGCUCCAGCUACACCACUUUGAAGAUGAGGUCCGGGGCAUUGUGGACAGAGCUGUGAAGGAGAUGGGCAUGGAGAAGACCUUGAAGGAACUGCAGACCACGUGGGCUGGCAUGGAAUUCCAGUAUGAGGCCCACCCGCGGACCUGUAUUCCCCUGUGGAGGUCUGAUGAGGACCUCAUUGAGAUUCUGGAGGACAACCAGGUCCAGCUGCAGAACCUGAUGAUGUCCAAGUACAUUGCUUUCUUCCUGGAGGAAGUGUCAGGCUGGCAAAAGAAGCUCUCCACAGCUGACGCCGUCAUCUCCAUCUGGUUUGAGGUGCAGCGCACGUGGUCUCACCUAGAGAGUAUAUUCAUUGGCUCUGAAGAUAUCCGGGCUCAGCUACCACAGGAUUCUAAAAGGUUUGAAGGCAUUGACGUUGAUUUUAAAGAAUUGGCUUAUGAAGCUCAGAAAACUCCAAAUGUUGUGGAAGCAACCAACAAAUCAGGCCUUUAUGAAAAACUAGAAGAUAUUCAGAGCAGGCUGUGCCUGUGUGAGAAGGCCCUGGCAGAGUACCUAGACACCAAGAGGCUUGCCUUCCCUCGGUUUUAUUUUCUGUCCUCUUCAGAUCUGUUAGACAUCCUUUCCAAUGGUACGGCUCCACUGCAGGUUCAACGCCACCUUUCCAAACUCUUUGACAACAUGGCCAAGAUGGAGUUUCAAUUAGAUGACAGUAAGGAACCAACCAAGAUAAGCCUUGGCAUGUACAGCAAAGAAGAGGAGUACGUGGCCUUCAGUGAGCCUUGUGACUGCAGCGGGCAGGUGGAGAUAUGGCUGAACCAUGUGCUCACUCACAUGAAGGCCACUGUGAGGCAUGAAAUGACAGAAGGUGUAAUGGCCUAUGAAGAAAAACCGAGGGAGCAGUGGCUCUUCGACUAUCCAGCACAGGUGGCCUUGACUUGUACACAGAUCUGGUGGACAACAGAGGUGGGCAUUGCAUUUGCCAGGUUGGAGGAAGGCUAUGAGAAUGCCAUGAAGGACUACUACAAGAAACAAGUGGCCCAGCUCAAAACCCUCAUCACGAUGCUGAUUGGCCAGCUCUCCAAGGGGGACCGGCAGAAGAUUAUGACCAUAUGCACCAUUGAUGUACAUGCCCGUGACGUGGUGGCCAAGAUGAUUGCUCAGAAGGUUGACAAUGCCCAGGCCUUCCUGUGGCUGUCCCAGCUGCGCCAUCGGUGGGACGACGAGGCCAAACACUGCUUUGCCAACAUCUGUGAUGCCCAGUUCCUGUAUUCCUAUGAGUACCUGGGAAACACCCCUCGCCUGGUGAUUACGCCUUUGACUGACAGGUGUUAUAUCACCCUCACCCAGUCUCUGCACUUGACCAUGAGCGGGGCUCCCGCAGGACCUGCUGGCACAGGCAAGACAGAGACCACCAAGGACCUGGGACGAGCACUGGGCAUCAUGGUCUACGUGUUCAACUGCUCGGAGCAAAUGGACUACAAGUCCUGUGGCAACAUCUACAAAGGUCUCGCCCAGUCUGGUGCCUGGGGCUGUUUCGAUGAAUUUAACAGAAUCUCCGUGGAGGUCUUGUCGGUGGUAGCCGUGCAGGUGAAAAGCAUUCAAGAUGCAGUUAAAGAUAAAAAGCAGCGUUUCAGCUUCCUUGGGGAGGAGAUCAGCCUGAAUCCUUCAGUGGGCAUUUUCAUCACCAUGAACCCCGGCUAUGCAGGCCGGACGGAGCUGCCGGAGAACCUCAAGGCAUUGUUCAGGCCUUGUGCGAUGGUUGUUCCAGACUUCGAGUUGAUCUGUGAAAUCAUGCUGGUGGCUGAAGGCUUCAUCGAAGCCCGUUUAUUAGCCAGAAAAUUCAUCACCCUUUACCAGUUGUGCAAAGAGCUUCUCUCCAAACAGGACCAUUAUGACUGGGGCCUGCGGGCCAUCAAGUCUGUGCUUGUGGUGGCAGGCUCGCUGAAACGAGGAGACCCCGACCGGCCAGAGGAUCAAGUCCUGAUGCGUUCCUUAAGAGACUUUAACAUCCCCAAGAUUGUGACUGAUGACAUGCCAGUGUUUCUGGGCCUUAUUGGGGACCUCUUUCCUGCCCUGGAUGUCCCCAGGAGGAGAGACCUCAACUUUGAAGCUUUGGUUAGGAAGGCAGUUGUGGAUCUGAAACUACAAGCGGAAGACAACUUUGUGCUAAAGGUGGUGCAGCUGGAGGAGUUGCUGGCUGUGCGACACUCUGUGUUUGUGGUAGGCGGCGCUGGUACUGGCAAGUCUCAGGUGCUGAGAUCCUUGCACAAAACAUAUCAGAUCAUGAAACGCCGACCCGUCUUGACAGACCUUAACCCCAAAGUCGUUACAAAUGAUGAGCUGUUUGGCAUCAUCAACCCAGCCACCCGAGAAUGGAAGGAUGGAUUGUUCUCUUCUAUUAUGAGGGAGCUUGCCAACAUCACUCAUGAUGGGCCCAAGUGGAUUUUGCUGGAUGGUGAUAUAGACCCCAUGUGGAUUGAGUCUCUGAACACUGUCAUGGAUGAUAACAAGGUGCUGACUCUGGCAAGCAAUGAGAGGAUCCCUCUUAACCCCACCAUGAGGCUGCUCUUUGAAAUCAGCCAUCUGCGCACAGCCACCCCAGCAACCGUGUCUCGAGCAGGGAUCUUGUACAUCAACCCAGCAGACCUAGGAUGGAACCCUCCAGUGAGCAGCUGGAUUGACAAGAGGGAAAUGCAGACAGAGAGAGCAAACCUAACCAUUCUCUUUGACAAAUACCUUCCAAUCUGCUUAGACACCCUCCGAACCAGAUUUAAGAAGAUUAUUCCAAUCCCAGAACACAGCAUGGUUCAGAUGCUGUGCCACCUUCUGGAGUGCCUCCUGACCAAGGAAGAUAUCCCCAUGGACUGCCCCAAAGAAAUUUAUGAACUUUAUUUUGUGUUUGCUGCUAUCUGGGCUUUUGGCGGAGCCAUGGUUCAAGAUCAGCUUGUGGACUACCGGACAGAGUUCAGCAAGUGGUGGCUGACCGAGUUCAAGACUGUCAAGUUCCCUUCUCAAGGAACCAUCUUUGACUACUACAUAGACCCAGAGACCAAGAAAUUUGAGCCUUGGUCCAAGCUAAUACCCCAGUUUGAAUUUGACCCCGAGACGCCAUUGCAGGCAUGUCUGGUGCACACGAGCGAGACCAUCCGAGUGUGCUACUUCAUGGAGCGGCUGCUGGCACGGCGGCGGCCUGUCAUGCUGGUGGGCACGGCUGGCACUGGCAAGUCGGUGCUGGUGGGAGCCAAGCUGGCCAGCCUAGACCCUGAGGAGUACCUGGUGAAGAACGUGCCCUUUAACUACUACACCACAUCAGCAAUGCUGCAAGCUGUCCUAGAAAAGUCUCUAGAAAAGAAAGCUGGCCGGAACUAUGCGCCUCCAGGCAACAGGAAGCUGAUCUAUUUUAUCGAUGACAUGAACAUGCCUGAGGUGGAUGCCUACGGGACAGUGCAGCCCCACACAAUCAUCAGGCAGCAUCUGGACUACGGCCACUGGUAUGAUAGGAACAAGCUGUCCCUGAAGGAGAUCAUGAAUGUCCAGUAUGUUACCUGCAUGAAUCCCACUGCAGGCAGCUUCACCAUUAACCCACGGCUCCAGCGACACUUCAAUGUGUUUGUGCUCUCCUUUCCGGGAGCAGAUGCCCUGUCCACCAUCUACAGCACUAUCUUAUCUCAGCAUCUCAAACAUGGAAACUUCCCAGCAUCGCUGCAGAAAUCUGUCCCCCAGCUGAUCAAUCUGGCCCUCACCUUUCACCAGAAAAUUGCCACCACAUUCCUCCCUACUGCAAUCAAAUUCCACUACAUCUUCAAUCUCAGAGAUUUCGCCAGCAUUUUCCAGGGCAUGCUGUUCUCCUCAGUGGAAUGUGUUAAAUCCACACAGGACCUAGUAAAGUUCUACCUACAUGAAUCGAAUCGAGUUUAUCGGGAUAAAAUGGUAGAAGAGAAGGACUUUGACCUUUUUGAUAAAAUUCAGACAGAAGUGGUGAAGAAGAUUUUUGAUGACAUCGAAGGGUCUGUGGAGCAGACCCAAAACCUGAACAUGUACUGCCACUUUGCAAAUGGGAUCGGCGACCCCAAGUACAUGCCCGUGCCGUCAUGGGAACUUCUGAGCCAGACCCUGGUGGAAGCCUUGGAGAACCACAACGAAGUCAAUACCGUGAUGGACCUGGUUCUCUUUGAGGACGCUAUGUGCCACGUCUGCCAUAUCAAUCGCAUCCUGGAAUCCCCACGGGGAAACGCUUUGCUGGUUGGCGUAGGGGGGAGUGGUAAGCAAAGCUUGACAAGGCUUGCAGCUUUCAUCAGCUCCAUGGACGUCUUCCAGAUCACUCUGCGGAAAGGUUACCAUAUCCCAGAUUUCAAGGUGGACCUGGCCAGCCUGUGUCUGAAAGCCGGGGUCAAGAACCUCAGCACAGUAUUUCUCAUGACAGACGCCCAAGUGUCUGAUGAAAGGUUCCUCGUUCUCAUCAAUGAUCUUCUGGCAACUGGGGAGAUCCCAGAUCUCUACUCAGAUGAUGAAGUUGAAAACAUCAUAAGCAACGUGAGGAACGAAGUCAAGAGCCAAGAUCUCGUUGACAGCAGAGAGAACUGCUGGAAAUUCUUUAUAGAUCGGGUCCGACGACAACUGAAGGUGACUCUGUGUUUCUCCCCAGUGGGGAAUAAGUUGAGAAUCCGCAGCAGGAAAUUCCCAGCGAUUGUCAACUGCACAGCCAUCAACUGGUUCCAUGAGUGGCCUCAGCAAGCGUUGGAGUCUGUCAGUCUGCGUUUCUUGCAAAACACAGAAAACAUUGAGCCCACAGUGAAGCAGUCAAUCAGCAAGUUCAUGGCUUUUGUCCACACAAGUGUCAACCAAACAUCCCAGUCUUAUCUGAGCAAUGAGCAGCGCUACAACUACACAACUCCCAAAUCCUUCCUGGAGUUCAUCAGACUCUACCAGAGUUUGCUGCGCAGCAACGGAAAGGCACUCAGGGCCAAGAUGGAACGGCUUGAGAAUGGGCUGCUGAAGCUGCACAGCACCUCUGCUCAGGUGGACGAUCUCAAAGCCAAGCUGGCCACCCAGGAAGUGGAGCUGAAGCAGAAGAAUGAAGAUGCAGACAAAUUGAUUCAAGUGGUAGGCGUGGAGACUGACAAAGUGAGCAAGGAGAAAGCCAUUGCAGAUGAGGAGGAACGGAAGGUGGCGCUCAUCAUGCUCGAGGUUAAACAGAAGCAGAAGGACUGUGAGGAAGACCUGGCCAAAGCAGAGCCAGCCCUCACGGCGGCCCAGGCAGCGCUCAACACCCUCAACAAGACCAACCUGACAGAGCUGAAGUCAUUUGGAUCCCCUCCCUCUGCGGUAAGCAACGUCAGUGCUGCAGUGAUGGUGCUCAUGGCCCCUGGCGGCAAGGUGCCCAAGGACCGGAGUUGGAAGGCCGCCAAGGUCACCAUGGCCAAGGUGGAUAGCUUCCUGGACUCCCUCAUCAACUUUGACAAGGAGAACAUCCAUGAGAACUGCCUCAAAGCCAUCAGGCCAUACCUGCAAGACCCCGAGUUCAAUCCUGAGUUUGUGGCCACCAAAUCAUACGCAGCCUCGGGUCUCUGCUCCUGGGUCAUAAAUAUUGUGAGGUUCUAUGAGGUGUUCUGCGAUGUGGAACCAAAACGUCAAGCGCUGAGCAAAGCCACCUUGGACCUCACAGCUGCCCAAGAGAAGCUCGCAGCCAUUAAAGCCAAGAUUGCUCACCUUAAUGAAAACCUGGCAAAGCUCACAGCCAAGUUUGAGAGAGCAACAGCAGACAAACUCAAGUGUCAGCAAGAAGCCGAGGUGACUGCAGGCACCAUCUCCCUUGCAAACCGCCUGGUUGGAGGCCUCGCUUCUGAAAAUGUCAGGUGGGCAGAAGCUGUGCAGAGUUUCCAGCAGCAGGAGAGGACAUUGUGUGGAGACGUUCUACUUAUUACAGCUUUCAUUUCAUACCUUGGCUUCUUUACAAAGAAAUACCGGCAGAGCCUAAUGGACGGGGCCUGGAGACCUUACCUGAACCAGCUAAAAGUCCCCAUCCCAGUCACUCCCAGCUUGGACCCCCUGAGGAUGCUGACGGAUGAGGCCGACGUGGCUACCUGGCAGAACGAGGGCCUCCCCGCUGACCGCAUGUCCAUGGAGAACGCCACCGUCCUGAUCAAUUGUGAGCGCUGGCCACUCAUGGUCGAUCCUCAGCUGCAAGGGAUCAAGUGGAUCAAGAACAAAUACGGGGAAGCCCUCCGGGUCACUCAAAUAGGUCAGAAAGGUUACCUGCAGACCAUAGAGCAUGCCCUGGAAGCUGGAGACAUGGUGCUGAUUGAAAACCUGGAAGAGUCCAUUGAUCCUGUCCUGGGACCCCUGCUGGGGCGUGAAGUCAUUAAGAAAGGACGGUUCAUUAAAAUCGGAGACAAAGAGUGUGAAUAUAAUCCCAAAUUCCGACUCAUCCUUCACACCAAGCUGGCUAAUCCUCAUUACCAGCCUGAGCUGCAGGCUCAGGCCACUCUCAUCAACUUCACUGUGACCAGAGAUGGGCUGGAGGACCAGCUGCUGGCUGCUGUGGUCAGCAUGGAGAGGCCAGACCUGGAGCAACUGAAGUCAGAACUCACAAAGCAACAGAAUGGGUUCAAAAUUACCCUCAAAACUUUAGAAGACAACCUGCUGUCUCGCCUCUCCUCAGCAUCUGGAAACUUCCUGGGAGAAACAGCCUUGGUGGAAAACCUAGAGAUCACCAAGCAGACCGCUGCGGAAGUUGAGAAAAAGGUCCAGGAGGCCAAGGUGACAGAAGUGAAAAUCAACGAGGCCCGAGAGCAUUACCGGCCCGCGGCUGCCAGGGCCUCUCUCCUCUACUUCAUCAUGAAUGACCUCAGCAGAAUCCACCCAAUGUACCAGUUUUCUCUCAAGGCCUUCAGCGUUGUCUUCCAGAAGGCAGUGGAGAGGGCUGCGUCCAGUGAGAGCCUGAAGGAGCGGGUGACCAGUCUCAUAGACAGCAUCACCUUCUCCGUGUGCCAGUACACCACCCGAGGACUCUUUGAGUGUGAUAAGCUGACCUACCUUGCCCAGCUUACCUUUCAGAUUCUCCUAAUGAACCAAGAAGUCAGUGCAGCUGAACUGGAUUUCCUGUUUCGGUCCCCGGCACAAGCAGGCCUCGCCAGUCCUGUGGAGUUCCUGUCUGAUCAGGCCUGGGGCUGCAUCAAGGCACUUUCGUUCAUGGAAGAAUUCUAUAACCUGGAUCGGGAUAUUGAAGGAUCUUCCAAAAGCUGGAAAAAGUUUAUGGAGUCCGAAUGUCCUGAGAAAGAGAAGUUUCCACAGGAGUGGAAGAACAAGACAGCCUUGCAGCGUCUCUGCAUGAUGAGGGCCAUGCGGCCGGACCGGAUGACCUAUGCCAUGCGAGACUUUGUUGAGGAGAAGUUGGGAAGCAAAUAUGUAAUGGGAAGAGCGCUUGAUUUUGCAACCUCAUUUGAAGAAUCAGGACCAGCUACUCCCAUGUUUUUUAUUCUAUCUCCAGGAGUGGACCCACUGAAGGAUGUGGAAAAUCAAGGAAAGAAACUUGGAUAUACGUUCAACAAUCGGAAUUUCCAUAACGUGUCCCUCGGACAAGGACAGGAAGUGGUGGCGGAGGCUGCACUGGACCUAGCUGCCAAGAAAGGUCACUGGGUGAUUUUGCAGAACAUACACUUGGUGGCCAAGUGGCUCAGCACCCUAGAGAAGAAGCUGGAGGAGCACAGUGAGAACAGCCACCCCGAAUUCAGAGUCUUCAUCAGCGCAGAGCCUUCGCCCUCUGCUGCAAGUCACAUCAUCCCCCAGGGCAUCCUGGAGAACUCCAUCAAGAUCACCAAUGAGCCUCCCACCGGCAUGCAUGCUAACCUGCACAAGGCCUUGGACAAUUUCACUCAGGACACCCUGGAGAUGUGUUCCCGGGAGGUGGAGUUCAAGAGCAUCCUCUUUGCUCUUUGUUACUUUCAUGCGGCAGUAGCAGAAAGACGAAAGUUUGGGCCCCAGGGAUGGAACUGCUCUUACCCCUUUAACACCGGGGACCUCACCAUCUCUGUGAAUGUGCUCUACAACUUCCUGGAGGCCAAUGCAAAGGUCCCCUUUGAUGAUUUGCGCUACCUCUUUGGUGAGAUCAUGUAUGGAGGCCACAUAACUGAUGACUGGGACAGGAGACUCUGCAGAACCUACCUGGAGGAAUUUAUUAAACCAAAAAUGUUGGAAGGAGAGCUACACUUGGCCCCAGGUUUCCCACUUCCAGGAAACAUGGACUACAAUGGUUACCAUCAGUACAUUGAUGCUGAGCUGCCUCCAGAGUCUCCCUAUCUCUAUGGCCUGCACCCGAAUGCGGAGAUUGGCUUCCUGACCCAGACCUCGGAGAAACUCUUCCGCACUGUGUUGGAGCUGCAGCCUCGGGACAGCCACACUGGAGAGGGCGCAGGGGCCACAAGAGAAGAGAAGGUCAAGGCCCUCCUGGAAGAAAUAUUGGAACGGGUGACAGAUGAAUUUAACAUCCCAGAGCUGAUGGCCAAAGUGGAGGAGCGCACCCCCUACAUCGUGGUGGCCCUCCAGGAGUGUGAACGGAUGAACAUUCUCACCAGAGAAAUCCAGCGUUCUCUCAGGGAACUUGACCUGGGCUUAAAGGGGGAGUUGACCAUGACCAGCGACAUGGAGAACUUACAGAACGCCCUGUUCCUAGACAUGGUGCCUGAGCCCUGGGCCCGGAGAGCCUAUCCAUCUACAGCAGGACUGGCAGCGUGGGUUUUGGAUCUCCUCAACCGAAUCAAGGAACUGGAGGCCUGGACAGGAGACUUUGCGAUGCCCUCCACCGUGUGGCUCACAGGCUUCUUUAACCCUCAGUCCUUCUUGACGGCCAUCAUGCAAUCCAUGGCUCGCAAAAAUGAGUGGCCGCUGGACCAGAUGGCCCUGCAGUGUGACGUAACAAAGAAAAACAGAGAAGAAUUCAGGAGCCCUCCUCGGGAAGGGGCCUAUGUCCAUGGCUUCUUCAUGGAAGGUGCCCGGUGGGAUACACAGGCUGGGAUCAUUACAGAAGCAAAGCUGAAAGAGCUGACACCCCCUAUGCCAGUGAUGUUCAUCAAAGCCAUUCCUGUGGACAAGCAGGACUGCCGCAGCGUCUAUCCCUGCCCUCUGUACAAGACUUGUCAGCGGGGCCCCACUUACGUGUGGACUUUCAACCUGAAAAUGAAGGAGGCCCCAUCCAAGUGGCUUCUCGCUGGAGUAGCCCUGCUUCUCCAGAUCUAGAUGUCUACAGAGUCACUGACAAAGCAAGAGGGAGGCUGGGCU